AUGCUCCGCGGUGGCGACAGCGGCUACUCUGAUGACGCAGCCGCCGGUACCUUUGGCAGAUUCCGACGCGGCGCUGUUGCGCUGCCGCAGCUCGGGGGCGGGCGCGUCGACCUGCGCUCCGUGGCGGACCCCGACCUGCAGCGCAUGUUGGACACUCCUGAGCAAAUUUUGCGUCCCGAUGCUCAGCGUAAUCUUCUGCUAUGCGAUGCUCCAGCCAAGGUUGCGUGCGAUCCCACGCUUCGCCAGCAGGGUCGUGACUACGGUUUCUUUCUUUCCAGCCUCCUAGGUGCCAACGUCAUCGAGGUCGGCCCCAGUUCCGAGGAGGUCGGGAUCUUCUUUGCGUUGAAAAAGUCGGGUGACCUACGCUUGAUCUUCGACGCCAGACGUGCCAACUGCUGGUGCCACACUCCAUUGACAUGUUCCUUGCCUUCUGGAGAGUCACUGGCGGCCAUGAGUAUCCCACCCGACAGUCAGUUACACAUGGCGGGAGGUGACGUGGAAUGUUGUUUCUACCAAUGUGCCCUCCCCGAGGCCUUCCGCCACUUGUUCGGACUCAUGCCCGUCGAGGCCCGCUUUCUGGACAAAGCUUGGCAGCAGCGUCUGAACGUGUCAGGGCACCAUCUCGUGCAGCGUCGCGUGCGAGUCGUUCCCAUGGGGUGGAGCUGGGCCACAUGCCUGAUCCAGCGCGUUCACCUCCACCACUUCGGCAACCUCCCUGUGCAGUUGCCCUGGGUCGUCGACAAGAUGAAGUCGGCAAACUUUGGCAUCCACAAGGGUGGCAACGCUCUCUACAUCGACAAUUUCGCCUGUUUCGCUACCGAUGCUGGUCUGGCCCAGGAGCAGGUGGACAGCAUGAAGGCUGCACUGGCGCAUGUCGGGGUGGUCUCCUCUCUGGGCCCGGCGUCCGACACACCAACGUUCAUCGGAUUUGAGUUGGUGCACCAUUCGCGGUGGAGGCCCACCCCGAAGAAGUGUUGGCGAGCUGUGCUGGGGCUUCGGCAUCUGCUCAACACCAGCCCUCUGGUCUGUGGCAGGGACCUUGAGCACAUCCUCGGACACCUCAUUCACAUUUUCACGCUGAAGCGCGAGCUGCUCAGCAUCUUCAACGCCACGUACUCCUUCAUCAAGGGCAGCUACCUUCGUCGUCAGCCCCUGUGGGCCUCAGUGGUUCGCGAGCUCCGUUGGGUGCUGGCGCUCCUGCCGCUGGUGGAGGUGGACAUCCAGCUCCCCUGGCGCACCGAGGUCCACUGCUACGAUGCGUCGCCGUGGGGCUUUGGUGUGACGUCGGCCUCUUGGGCCCUAGACGUCGUGCGCGAGCUCGGAGCUUGGAGUGAGCGCUCGAGACUCAAGGGGCCCUGGGCUGUGCGGGGUAAGCAUCGUGAGCGGGCCCUAGGCUCGCUCGAGGCCUCCAGCGAGGGCUUCGAGGAUAUCCCACACGCCCUGCUGGUCAGCACUCGGUGGAAGGAGAAGGCAGACAUGGGCUACGCCUCGCACCGUGUGCUCAGCCGCCGGGUCUUGGCGGCGACAUCGGGGCUCUCCUCGAGCACGACCCCGACGGCGCCUGUGAUCAGGCGCCCCACGCACGCACCUUCGGCCAAGCGGAAGCGUGGGCCAUGCAGGCCCCCCCGGGUCUCGGCCGAGAUCAGGGAGCUGGCUCCCUGGCUGACCCCGCUGCAGGCCAAGCGCGUGCAGACCAAGACACGGCUGGCCUAUUCUCAGUUGCUGGUGGCGCUGGCCAUGUGGCUCAACGUGGCCCCUUUUCCAAAGCUGAACGGCGAGCAGUGGGGCGCCAUCCUGGUCGACUUCUUAGAGGACCAGUUGGACCGCAGCAUGACCCUCAGCAUGGCCGUCAAGACGGUGUCCGCGGUGCUGUCCUCCCGGCCGCCCUUGCCCAUCGAGUGCGUGACGGCCAUUGCCGCGCGGCUCGCCGCAGAGGGCGACCUUCUUAUGGCUCUCUUCGUCUGGGUGUCCUUCGAGACCUACUGGCGCCCCAGCGAGGGGCUUGCGCUGCUCGGGUAUCAGGUGCUGCCAGGGCUGCCAGGCGGAUCAGGAUCAGCUCAUCACCUCUCGUUCCUGGUCCGUCCGUCCGAGCAGGAGACCCCCACCAAGACAGGCCUCUUCGACGUCAGCAUUGUCCUGGACCUGCCUCGUCAGCAGUUCUUGGUGCCCCUCCUCUUGGCAGUCAAGCACCGGGUCCGGGACAGCGGCUUGAUGUUCCCGAUCUCUCACAUGGAGGCUCGGUCUCGCUUCCAGGCAGCCGCCAUCGCCGUCAACGUGGGCAGCCUGCGCCCUACUCUGUACAGCCUGCGUCAUGGGGGAGCCUCUCACGAUCGGGCGUCCAACAGCAGGUCUGCCCACGAUGUCACAGCAAGAGGGCUCUGGCGGUCCUCCAACUCGGUCCUGAGGCGAGGUCACGCUGCUGUCACCAUCGACCUGAGCCAAGGCGAAGAGUUCGACCUGCUUCAGGGUGACGUGCUCGCCCUUCUCAUCGGCUGGAUCAACAGUGGCCAGGAGAAGGCAGUCGACGAGGGCGUGAGGGUCAUCACCCAAGGCGAUGACGGUGAUUGCUUGUACGUCGUCGAGGAGGGCCAGAUGUAUUGUUACAAGAAGCAGGAGGACGGGACCGAGAAGAAGGUGAAGGAGCGGGCGCGGCGCAGCGCGCCCGCGGUGAGCUGGCUCUGCUCUACAACUGCCCACGCGCCGCUUCUGUGGUGGCCCAGGCCAAGGAGGCGUACUGUGGCAGCUGGACAGGGAGACCUUCAACCAUGUCGUGCGGGACGCGGCGGUGAAGCGGCGCGAACGCUACGAGGAGAAUUUCUCAAGGGGGUGCCGCUGCUGAAGUCCAUGGAGGCUUACGAGCGCUCCCAGCUCUGCGACGCCCUCCGUGUGGAGACGUGCACGCAGGGCACGAAGGUAGUGACCCAGGGCGAGGCCGGCGACACUUUCUACAUCCUGGAGGAGGGCGAAUGCGACGUGGAGAAGGUCUAUGUCGAUGGCACCCCGCCCGCCAAGGCUGGGGGCGAGCGCCCAAGCCUCGGGCUCGCGCAGUCGCUUAAGCUGAAGAAGUUCGCCAACCAUUCGGCGUCGAAGGAGCGCGUCAUUGAUGAAGACCAGUGGCGGAAGAAUGUAGUAGACAUACACAGGGUCAUGAAAAUGACGCAGAGCAUGUACCUGACUUUGGAGCAGAGCAACGAGGCUAUGCUCAGGCUCGGUGUCGAGAUCGUGACCUGCAAGCACUCGCGGAAGUGUAUCUGGUGGCCUGACCAUUGGAUGGGGGGGGGGGGGUGA